AUGAAGAGGGAACAAGCCUGCCAGGAGGUAGUCCCCGGGAAGGCUGAAGUCAGGUACCCCCAAAUUCCGCCUCCGCUGCCGGCAGGCCCCCAUCGCGUGGUGCUGCUGCUGCCGCUCGAGCAGCCGUUUGUUUUUGGUGGGGUCUGUCGUGUGACUUGCCUCUAUGGCCGAGUGCAAGUGUUUGGUUUUAACAUCAGCCAAGGCCAGCCUGCCUGUGAUGUCUUCUCUACCUACACCAACUCUCUCCUGAGUAUCACCGCAGUCCCUUACUCAAAGCCUGAGAAAAGCAAGAAGGAGCUAAGAAGGGAAGCCCGAAUUUUGCUAAGAGCUUAUCUUACCCGAGAUAACAGAUGUCAGCUGAUGAAGUAUUUUUCACCUCUGUGUUCCAUUGUGGUGCUAGAACGCCUGAAAACAUCAACAAUAGAGUUCAUAAGCAGCCAUCCAGGCUUAUCUUCCGUCUUCUCACAAGAGGCAUUAAUUUCCCACAUAAACGCUGAAUAUUUAACCUUAAAGUCUGUUGGCAUCAGGAGAAACAAGAAAAAAAAUGGUGUUCAGCUGAGUGAGAGUGUCAUUUCAGCAGUGGAGGAGUUGGUCAGUGUUUCUUGUGAAGAAGUAGAUGGCUGCCCUGUGAUUCUGGUUUGUGGAAGCCAGGACAUUGGAAAGUCAACAUUUAAUAGAUAUCUCAUUAAUCAGUUGUUAAACAGUAUUCCUUGUGUUGACUAUUUGGAAUGUGAUCUGGGACAGACAGAAUUUACUCCUCCUGGAUGCGUUUCUUUAUUGAAUAUUACAGAACCAGUUCUAGGUUCACCCUUCACACACCAGAGGACACCACAGAAAAUGGUAUAUUACGGGAAAACGACUUGUAGGGACGACUACGAACAUUAUAUUGAGAUAAUAAAGUAUGUGUUCAGCUCUUACAAGAGAGAGUCUCCUCUCCUCAUCAACACAAUGGGAUGGGUGACAGACAAUGGCCUCUUACUUCUCAUCGAUCUCAUUCGACUGCUGUCGCCCAGCCACGUUGUUCAGUUCGGUUCGGCCCGAAGUAAAUACAUGCCAAACCUCACCCCUGAGUAUGUAGACGAUACCGAUGGCUUGUACACAAAAGGCAAGCCCAGGAUAAGAAAUCGAGGUUUCCACAUUCCAGAAACGGAAAAUUUGGAAUUUGUUGAUGAAGAAAGAGAGAGUCCCGUUUUGUUUGCUGGUCAUAAGCUGAUCUGUGUUCAAUCGGAGUUUACUUUUAGAAAGACUCCAAGAAAUAGAGAAUCACAUAACAGAGUACUCCGUGAAUUGGCCAUCUUAGGUUACCUUGGCAAGCUGCAGCCCCCAGAUCCAAAGUCAAUCUCUCCUCUACAUGGUCUGACACCUUACCAGGUCCCCUUCAAUGCAGUCGCUCUGCGCAUCACGCAUUCAGAUGUCGCCCCUACCCACAUCAUGUAUGCUGUGAACGCCAGCUGGGUCGGGCUCUGCAAGAUCCAGGAUGAAGUCAAAGGCUAUGUAAAAGGGCCUGUCCUUCUCGCCCAGACUCCCCUCUGUGACUGCGUGGGAUUCGGGAUCUGCAGAGGGAUUGACAUGGAGAAAAGGCUUUACCACAUCCUCACCCCUGUGCCACCAGAAGAGCUAAGAGACGUGAACUGCCUACUGGUCGGAGCUGUUUCUAUCCCACAGUGUGUCUUCAAGAACCAGCGUGGGGUUGAAGGAACAAUACCUUACGUCACAACAGAUUACAAUGUUAGACUUCCUGGAGCACGAGACAAAAUUGGAGCAAGAUACUCUGAGGGAAACCCUGAAGAAGAAAGAUACCUGAGACCUAAACUGUACCAACCAUGCAGCUGGGUGGCCCUGGGGGUCCAGACAGGCCUCCACAGGCAGACGCUGGGGAGAAGAGAAGGGGAUAUUGGACCCCAUUACUGGGAGCUCAAGGGGGUUAUUAAGCGGGGCACCUACGAGCUGGAGGCCCUGCCCGCCACCCUGGGAGAGCUGGAGCUGGGCGCCGUGGAGCGCUUCUCCUGGAGCUCCAGCCUGGACAUCAUCGAAGACCUCAGGGGUAGGUGGGCCUGCCUGCUGGGACGGGACUGCAAGAGGCUCUAG